AUGUCUGGAAAAGAAAAGUGGACUGCUAGGGGUACUGGCAAGUGCCCAAACUGCACUUUUACAUACUCAACUUUCAAGACGCCAGAAAGAUGCACACAGUGUCAGUUUUAUCUUGGAGGAAAGUUUGUUCCUAAGGAAGGCACCUCUUCAAAUAGAAAGAGUAAGUUAAACAACCCAGAGGCAGUAUCUGUCUGUUCCUUUGCUGACAAUUUACUUUAUUCAAUUAAAUUUACCGACAGAGAUGACAGAAGUUUUCGCUUGGUGGCUGGCUCAAGUCGGAUCUGCUAUUUUAAUCCUUGUCGAAACUUACGUGCAUUAGCAGUUUCUUCUGGACAAGAACAAGCAGCUUUUUGGCAUGAAGUAAAAGUCGUGUAG